AUGCACGAUUCAUCCCACAAGGUAUCCGGUGCACACUUUGUUGAUCCGGGCCGACGCAUCGUGAGCUUUUACGCCGACGCAUCGAACCGCGUCGCUCCUUCAGGGACGGGCGCCCAGGACCUGAUGGAGGACGAGGAGACGGAGGCCGCGGACGAAGACGAGGACGACGAGGCGGAAGUGGAGGACGACGAGAACGUGGAGCUGACGGAAGAAAAAGAGGAAGAGGAGGAGGCGUCGGUCGGAGAGGUGAAGGCGUCCCCCAACGCAGACACCACCAUCCUCUUCGUCAAAGGAGACGACUUCCCUGCCAACGAAAUCGUGAAGUUCCUGCUCGGUUUCUCCAACAAAGGACCGGAGAACUUCGUGGUGGAGUCUCUGGACGCCUCCUUCCGUUACCCACAGGAUUACCAGUUCUACAUCCAGAACUUCACGGCGCUGCAGCUCGGCAUCGAGGUUCCCGCCAGCCGGCAGGCCACCUUCGAGUACUCCUUCAUCCCCGCCGAGCCCAUGGGGGGGCGGCCCUUCGGCCUGGUCAUCAACCUCAACUACAAGGACGCCAACGGGAACAUCUUCCAGGACGCCGUGUUCAACCAGACGGUCACCAUCACGGAGCGCGAGGACGGACUGGACGGAGAGACCAUCUUCCUCUACGUCUUCCUGUCGGGCCUCGGGCUGCUGGUCGUCGUCGGGCUUCACCAGCUGAUCGAGUCCAGGAAGAGGAGACGCCCAGCGCCAAAGGUGGAGAUGGGGACCUCCAGCCACAACGACGUGGACCUCAGCUGGAUCCCUCAGGAGACCCUCAACCAGAUCAUGCAGAGUCGCAGAGACAAAGCGUCUCCCAGAAGAUCUCCUCGCAAGAGGAACCAGAAACGCUCAGCCGGCUCGGACGAGUGA